AUGAACCUUUCGUCGCCGGCCGUCGCAAGGACGACACCGACCGGCGAAUCCAUCCCCGACACCGUCGCCCACCUGCGCGCUCUUCUCGACGCCUUCAACCACCGACACAAGAACCAGCACCACUCCUCCCACUGGUGGUCGCACUUCUCCCGCCUCCGGCGCAGUCUCUGCUCGCUCCUGGACAGGGACGGGAACCCUUCCUCUUCACAUGCGCGAUGGCUCCAGUCUCACGUCCUGCCUCGAUCAUACAAGAUGCCUUCCCAGAUCUUUAUUCGCCUCCCCAAAAUGAUUCCGUCUCUCGUGAACAUCACCCCCACCCUGAUGCUGUCUUUCCGAGAGAAUUACGUCCUCAUUCUGUUUAGGGCAUUCUCCCAGCUAGCUGCCGAUAAUCAACAUGCUCCCCUGGGUCUCCUCCUCCUCACGGUUCUCGCUCGCGUCCAUGCCCUCUUGACGUAUAUCCUCCCCGCAGAGGAACAGGCUCCCGCCCUCAGUUCCAUCCAGCAAGCCCUGCCCAGAGUUGCGCCAGACCAUGUAUCAAAGGUGGACAAAGGAAUCACUGUAGCGCGCGAUUCUAGAAAGAACACGAGAGCUGAAUCAUUAACGGUCUCGUCAAAGUCGUUGGAUAAGCCCAGUCGCCCGAAGUUGGCCGCAGAGGAGAAGAAGAGCAGUAAAAAGAGUAAAAAGAAGAAGAGAGACGAGCUAUCGAGCCUUUUUGGCUCCUUGACGUAG